UUUUAAACCCUGCUCUUUUGUCCCGCUCGCCCCUCGCUCGCCCCUCGCUCGCCCCCCUGCAGUAUAAAUUGAGGUGUCCAACUUUCCCUCUGUUACUCAGUGUGUGUGGUCGAGCUUCAGGUUGGACGACGUCCAGAGGUCAAGAUGUCGCAGUAUUCUGGAAAGAUCACCUUCUAUGAGGGGAAGUGCUUCACCGGCAGGAAGCUGGAGGUCAGAGGUGACUGUGACAACUUCCAGGACCGUGGCUUCAUGAACAGGGUGAACUCCAUCCGGGUCGAGAGCGGCGCCUGGAUCUGCUUCGACCAUCCCGACUUUAAGGGCCAGCAGUACAUCCUGGAGCACGGAGAGUACCCAGAAUUCCAGAGGUGGAACUCCCACAACGACCACAUGGGAUCCUGCAAACCCAUCCGCAUGCACGGCGAGCACUAUCGCAUCGAGCUGUUCGAGGCCUGUAACUUCUCGGGCCAGUGCGUGGAGAUCUGUGAAGACUGUCCCUUCCUGCAGAGCCGCGGCCUCGCCAAGAACUGCAUCAACUCCGUCAAGGUCUACGGAGACGGAGCCUGGGUGAUGUACGAGGAGCCAAACUUCCGCGGCCGCAUGUACAUCGUGGAGCGCGGCGACUACGGCAGCCACAACGAGUGGCAGGCGCAGAACCCCAACAUCCAGUCCAUCCGCAGGGUCGUCAACUACUUCUAAGCCCCGCCCCCUCUGCUGUGUGAUAUCAUGUACAAUAAAUAAACCAGACUGAAAAAAGAUCACAUGGUUUUUUAAUCAAA